CGCUGUCUGCAAAUGCGAAGUCCCGCAAGAAGCAAACGCCGACGACGCCAUUAGGCCGCAUGAUCGAUUGAUCCCAUCUUUUUUCUUAAAAAGACGCGCAGGGCGUCCACCGUUCCGCUCCCUCCCUUGCAGCUGCAGAUGGCAUUUCCGUCAUUCGUAUUGCGAUACGACGAGGGCGAGUAACUACUUGGUACUUACAAAGUGACGUGCGACUUGCGACGAGGAGCCAACAAAGAAACAACAGCAACUUGCCAGGAGGGCGGCAAGAGCCGAGCCGAGCUUUGGCGAUCUCGCAUCGCAUCGCCAAGAAAAUCUGCCCGCCACCCCAGCCAUGGAAACGGACGAGAAGCCGAGGCCGGUCCCUGCACCGCAGCCGCAGCAGCACCUCCCCACGGCGCUCGGCCUCGGCGGCCACGACGAUAGCGAUGAGCAAGCAGCAGCAGCAGCAGCAGCAGCAAUUCCCAGCAAACAUGCGAGCGCCGACCCGACCACUGACUCGGACCUCGAGACCGCCGUCAACAAGGGCGCCACGCCCGCGGCGACAGCGGGUGAUGAUGGGCGCAAGUACCUGGCCGGUGUUCAGAUGUGGCUGAUCAUGAGCUCGCUCAUCACCGCCAGCUUCCUGGUCCUGCUCGACAGUGCCAUUGUCGCGACGGCAAUCCCCAAAAUAACCUCGCAGUUUCACUCCCUCGAGGACAUUAGCUGGUAUGGCUCCGCCUUUCAGUUGGCAAGGUAAGACCAACAAACGGGCGCAGUCUCACCCUCCCUCCUCUGACACGUGAGCCAUGGAGCACGGUAACACAUACAUACCACCAUCACCUCAGAGACUAAUGGCUGUCCCUUGAAGCGCGGCUAUGCAGCCGCUCGUCGGCAAGAUCUACACCCAGUUCCGCCUCAAGCAUGUAUACCUGGCCUUCUUCUUCAUCUUCGAGCUCGGCUCGCUCAUCUGCGGCGUCGCCACGUCCUCCACCAUGCUCAUCGUCGGCCGCGCCGUCGCCGGCAUCGGCGUCGCGGGUGUCUUCGCCGGCGCCCUCAUUAUCAUUGGGGUCGCCGUGAGGCCAGAGCAGAGAGCUUUCUUGACCGGUAUUUGCAUUGGCUGCGCUCAGUUGGGCGUCGUAAUCGGGCCCCUCAUCGGGGGCGCGCUCACCGAAAAGGUCUCUUGGCGAUGGUGCUUCUACAUCAACCUCCCCCUCGGCGCCAUCGUCCUCGGCGGCACCGUCUUCGUCACCAUCGCCGACCAGACCACCAUCCGCCCCGUCCGCGCCGUCCUCCCCACGCUCCACCGCAGCCUCGACCUCAUCGGCUUCCUGCUGCUCUCCCCCUCGGCCGUCAUGCUGCUCCUUGCCCUGCAGUGGGGCGGCAGCAUCCACGCCUGGUCCAGCGCCACCAUCAUCGGCCUCUUCUGCGGCUCGGGUGUCCUCUUCCUCGUCUUCGUCGCCUGGGAAUGGCGCAAGGGCCCCGACGCCCUCAUCCCCACCCCCGUCGUCCGUAACCGCAUCGUCGUGGCUGCCUGCUUUGUCGCUAUGACCGUCAUGGGCGCCACGUUCCUCACCUCCUACUGGAUGCCCGUCUACUUCCAGACGGUGCGCGGAGAGACACCCCUCACCAGCGGCGUGUAUAUGCUGCCUAACAUCUUGCCAUCUCUCGUGGUGGGCGUCCUCACGGGCUUUCUAAUCGGCAAGGUCGGCUAUUACCUUCCCUUCGCCGUCGUCGGCGGCGCCCUCACCUCCGUCGCCACCGGCCUCCUGUCGACGCUCCAGCCCGACUCCUCCACGGGCCACUGGGUCGGCUUUCAGGUCCUCCUCGGCGUCGCGCGCGGCCUCGUCCAGCAGACGAGCUUCAUCGCCAUCCCGCACGCCACCACGCCCGCCCUCGUCCCCACCGCCAUGUCCAUGUCCAUCUUCUGCCAGUACAUGGGCGGCGCCGUCUUCCUCUCCCUCGCAAACGUCAUAUUCAGCUCCAGCCUGCGCUCCGAGCUGCCCAUCGAGGCCCCCGGCGUCGACCCCCGGCUCAUCAUCGAGGCCGGCGCCUACGCCGUCCGCGACGUCGGCAUCCCCGCCGACCUCCUGCCCGGCGUGCUGCGCGCCUACUGCACCAGCGUGAACCGCGUCUUCUACCUUUCCUCUGCUGUGUCCGUCCUGCUCUUCGUGACGGCCUGCUGCUCCGGCUGGGUCGAUACGCGCAAGAAGAGCGAGGCCGCCACGGACGGCGACGAGACGUCCGAGGAGCAGUCUGUAUCGGAAAAGACGCAAGUCAAAGAAGGAGGGGUGUGAUUUUGUUGCUUCCUGGUUGGUUUGGCAAGUGUGCAUUUGGAGCAAUGGCAUCAUAUUCCACUCAUAGCGGCUGCGUAACGACUAUAGACAAGGUGGCGAUACUGUACUAGAAAACUAAUGAAGUAAUACACGAAGCUGGACUCCUCCACACUUCUCUGGC